AUGGAUUACUUCCAUAGUCUCCUGCACCAGUUAAGUAGGAUCCCUGAUUUCAACUUCCAUGCUAAAUGCGAAAAGCUGCAGAUUAUCGAUAUCAGUUUUGCGGAUGAUGUCCUCUUCUUUACCCGUGGGGAUGGAAAGUCUGUGCAGCUGCGUAUGGAUCAACUGCAAAUGUUCUCUCAGUCCACUGGUCUUGUAGUUAACCCUACGAAGUGUAGGGUGUACUUCGGGGGGGUUGAUAUUGAGACCAAAAACGACAUCUUGGCUUCUACUUCGUUUAUGGAAGGGGAUUUACCCUUUUGUUACUUGGGUGUUCCUCUCACAAGUAAAAGACUUUCAACGCAUCAUUAUAUGAGUUUGGUGGAUAGAAUUGUUAGUCGGAUUCGUCAUUGGAGCUCCAAAUUAUUAAGCUAUGCAGGCAUACUCCAAUUAAUAAAUAGUAUCAUUACUGCUAUAGCAGCUUACUGGAUGAAUUGUCUCCCUUUUCCCAAGCAUGUGAUUAAAACCAUUAAUUCUAUUUGCAGGACUUUUCUGUGGACAGGUAGCGAGGUAAAGUCGAGAAAAUCCCCAAUUGCGUAG